AGCGCAUUACUAGAUAUUCUUUCGCGAAUAUAAAAGGAGGAAAUUCCUUUCAGAAUCACCAAUUUGGAAAAGUGUUGUAGAUCAUUUAGUUGAAAGUAAUCCGGAAAGGAAGUGUUCGUGAGAAAGUAUGUCGACCGAAAAUAAGCCGAGUUCUCGUGCGGGUUCGAAAACGAACCUCAACGAAUCCUCGUGGCCUUUGUUGCAAGAAGCAGUGGAACACGGAGUUGUUAUGCAGAACCCGGAUAUCGACAUCAAAAUCACGACUGACCCCGGAUCUGCCGAGACUUUCGAGAUGAAGGAGAAGGAUGAGAACGAAGUUCCAAAUGGGAAGGAGAAGAAGAAGAAAGAGAAGAAGGACAAGAAUAAAGGAACGGCAGAGCGAGGGGUUUGCAAGUUUGACGAGAUGACGUGUGGAUUGAAUUUGAAUGACAGGGAUGAGUGCGGCAUCAACAAGCACGUCAAUAUUGCAUUCGGCGAUGUGAUUGCUGAGCCGGACGCGACCCACGGACCCGAUGCCCCUUGGAAAAUGGCGUACGCGGCAUUUACGUUCGUCAAGUCUGGGAUUUACGGCGCCCUAGCCGCCGUUUUGGGCGUCCCACUGGCCAUUCUGUGGGGCUUCAUCUUCGCAUUGCUCUCAUUUGUUUUCAUCUGGAUCAUCACCCCGUUGCUGCGCAUUUUCGCACUCUUUUUCGCCGUCGUGCGCAACCUUUUUGAGAUGGUAACCAGGACUUUCAUUGAGCCAUUGUUCGCUUCAAUUGGAGCACUCAUGUCUCAGAUCAGGAUCAAGAGAGACGUGACGACAACUUAUCAAAAGGCGCAACAGACCAACACGGAAGAAGAAGUUUGAAAAAAAAAUAAAUCAAUCCGAAAUGUGAAACAAAUUAUCAACAGCCUGGAAAAUUAUUUUUCUUUCGUUCUUCCAGAAAAAAAUGAAGCUGCUUUGUACCUUUCCGCGAACGUUGGAAGAAAGUGUGUCUGAGCUCGUGUACAUGAAGUAAUUUUUAUUUUGUAACGGCCCGAACGAACGAUCUUGUUUUUUUUUUGCCUGGGACGGUUUUAAAUCCCGUUUGUUAACUCUCCGAUUUCGGCAGUAUUUUAUCGCUUCAUGGGGGAGAGGAGAUUUUGACAAAACGAGCCAAUGUUUGAUUUAUUUUCUUCGUUCGGGACUGGUGUUUUUUUUUUUGUUCGGAAAAAAGUCAAUUUACGGAGUAAUAAACGAAUGGGAAGAAAAAGCAUUCGUUCGAAUUUAUCGAAAAUUCGAGGGUUUCAUAUUUGAUGGGAGC